UGUUUGGAGGAGAAGUUUGUGUUGCUUCGACAAACUUCAGACAGACACCAUACUGUAGAUGCGCGGAACACAGCUGACCGUUAACUCUUUUCCUGCCCCCUGUUUUCCGCUGGUAUCAACUUUACAUUAUAUCACCUUUCGUACAAGUUAUUUUUUUUGGCUAGAAAUAAUAACGUUGGUUACAAAUCCCGACCAAAGCUCGCUCUUGGAGCUGAAUUUUACGCUCCGUUCACGGAACUUCAAUUACAUCUUGGUUCCGCGGGCCAACCGUCGCUUCUAUGUUUUAUUUCAGUUUUGUUUCCGGUAGUUAAUACAUGGAGACCGUCUGUUCCGUCGAUUGCCUCGCAUGUUCGCAUCCUACGUCGGUCGGUUUCGUAUGAACCGUUGCGAGACAGCGACGGAGGGUCGGAGGCUCCGCGAGCGGAGCCAGACUUUAUGAUGGGGAUGCCCAAGGGAGGACGUCUGUUCCUGGCGACGUGCCUCUGCUCGUUCUUCGUUCUUGUUCUUUACUUCCAGAGCAUCACUAAACCAGAACCGGCUUUGAAGACUAGCAGCAGACCUGGGAAAAGUAGAAGAAGUCCUUUGCAGACCCUUUACAAAGGAGACCAGAAGCAGCUGAAGCUGUCGGCAGCUCAGAAGUCCCUCCAAGGCCGCAGGAAGGUGUUGGAGCAGGCAUGUCUGAGCCACACGAAGAAACGCCGGGUGCUUUCGCCAGAGGAUCUCAAACACCUCAUUGUGGACGACAAACAUGGCCUUAUUUACUGCUACGUACCCAAGGUAGCCUGCACCAACUGGAAGCGUGUGCUGAUGGUCCUCUCCAGCAAUGGCCGUUACUCUGACCCCCUCGCCAUCCCUGCUAACGAGGCCCAUGUGGCAGGUAACCUCCGCACGCUCUCUGACUUCUCCGUGACGGAGAUAAACCAGCGCCUCCGCAGUUACCUCAAGUUCAUUUUUGUACGGGAGCCCUUCGAGCGCCUAGUUUCAGCCUACCGCAACAAGUUCACACGUAACUACAACACCGCCUUCCACAAGCGCUACGGAACCAAGAUCAUCCGCCGGCACCGGGCCAACCCUCAACCGGAAGCCCUGGAGAAAGGAAACGACGUCUCCUUCCGAGAGUUCAUCCAGUAUCUGGUGGACCCCCAGACACAGCGGGAGGAGCCUUUCAACGAGCACUGGGAGCGGGUGCACUCCCUCUGCCACCCAUGUCUGAUCCACUACGACGUGGUGGGGAAGUACGAAACUCUGGAGCCUGAUGCUCACGCCGUGCUAAGGCUAGCGGGGGUGGAGGGUAAAGUUCAGUUCCCAACGUCUAGCAAGAGCACCAGGACCGAUGGCAACAUGGCAGCGCGCUUCUUUAAGCACAUCAGCCCCUUUUAUCAGAAGAAACUGUUCAAUCUCUACCGCAUGGACUUCUUACUCUUUAACUACACCACACCGGAGUAUCUGAGGACUCGAUGACUAACAGAGACGAGAGGAUCCCACGUUCCAUCCACACUUUAGAGUGAUGAUUAGUUUGCACGUUCCGGUUCCUGUUGAAACGACUGAUUCCUAUCUACAGACCCCCUAAAGGCACAUAGAAGAAAUAAAGAAACAUUGUCAUGUGUACAAGAUACUUUAUCUUUAUUUCUUCUAUGUCCCUUUAGGGGCUCUGUAGAUUCCUACCUAUUGGCGGAAACAAACUCCAGUCUCUCAGACGGACAGUUUCCAGACUGAUGUAGGUGAAUCACAAACUCUUACAAAGAAGUUGCUUUUUUUUUGUGACCGUUUGAUUUGACUCCAGUUGUCAUUGAGCCGGUGAAAAGCGCCUCACCAGUGUUCCUGCUGUGCCCACUACAGUGAUAAUCCUCUUGUAGUUUUCCUCUUCUAGGAGAAUCAAUGAGCCAUAAAUGAAAGCCAGUGUUUUCCAGAGGAGCCGGUUCUCCUCUUUAGCUGGCGAUUGUGCUGAGUGUGAAGUUUUCCUCGGAUUGUUUCCGAGCCGUUACGGAAAGCCUUAAUUUAUGUACGUAUGUCAGCACAGAGUAUUUAUUGUCGUGUGAAGCGAGGUGUGAAAAUAAUUUAAAUAAAAGAACAAGACCGAAUGUUAGAGAUCAGAUUAAGAAAAUGUUUUGGGCAUCUGAUAGUCUUCUUCAGUUCAGUGAAACUCUCUACCCAGCAUCUUUCCCUGCCCGUAUUUAGCUCUGGGACUCUGGAGCUGAACAAACAAGCGCAUAGCUGUGGUCACGGCGGGGUCCGGCCCAGCGCUCCCCCGGUCAGAGCCGCCCUUGUUAGAGGCAGCAUCGGCAGACGAAGGGUUAAAUCCACCUACAGCCCUCUGCACUGCAGCGCCUUGUUUCAGCAAAAACGCCUUGGAAUUUCUGGAGGAAUAAUUUGGAGCUUACUAUAGGAAAACAGCUUCUUAAUGGACUUUACUGUCUUCUGCACCCAAAAGAGGAAACUUUGACACAUUUUGUGGCUUUUCUGGGUCUGUAGGUUGGAUUUUACUGCACAUUAAAAAAGAAAAGAGUAUAAGUGUUUAACAAGUACAGUCAUCUGUCGUUGAGUUGCAUUGUGGGUAGUGUAGGCACAAAGAAUCUGGAGACUUUUGUUCUUUCUUACUUCAGCUGCUGGACCUCAACUUUACCUUUAAGAAAAGUGUUAUUUUUGUAUCAUUUGUUCUGAAAAACAAUUAAAGAACUGAAAGGUCUGCUGUGUAGGAUGAUGUCCUGUCUGUGCACAAGUGCAGGAAGUUAAAAAUGUUAAAGCAUUUCAGUUUUUCUGUGCUAUUACAGCAACACAUACAAUAGAUGUUGCCAUAAGAGGAAGUGAGAGAUCAGCGUUGCUAUCAGUGUUGUUCUGUUGCUGCUUUUAGAACCAGUUCCUGACAGAGAAUCUCCUUGAUGCAACUCCCCUUAAAACUGCUGGCAACUUUCUGUAGUGUAGACAGUCUCUCCAGGAUUUAACUUUUUUUUUUUUGCAGUCACUGAUUUUGUAGUUCUACUUAAGAAAUAUUUGCAAAUUUCUUCCAAAAUCUAAAUAUAGAAGAAAAAAAUAGUUUUUUUCUUUGAAUAACAUAAAUAGCUUGAUUUUUGUUAUUCGCCACAUCGAUCACGGUCAGAAACCGACUUCAGUAAGGCUGUGGCAGCAGUGUAGUAGAAGUAAGAAAUACUGCCACCUGCAGGUGGGAGUUAGCAUCACUUAAACUCAAUGUUUUGGACCAUUUUUACAAAAAAAAAAAAUUGCAACAAAUUCACAAUUACGCAUUGGUGUCAUUAACAGCCAAGUUCAGUGCAGCAGGUUUGCUUAUAAGUAAAAUUCACAGGAUAGAGGUGAAAAAAUAAAAACACCUGGUUAUUUAAAGACAAACAUUUCUGUUGCUGCCAACAUUUUUAAUUGUAAGAUUUUACGUUGCCUGUCAUAAUUUUGCCCAAAUUGAAAAUAGAAAGUAUCCGUCUUGUUUGUGAAAGUCAGUUGACAGUGUCUGUUCUCAUCAUUUCCCCACAUUAAUAUUAAAACAAGUAGCAAAUAAUUAAGUUUAUAAAUGUCAGUGUUUUUGUUGUCGGGUCUUAAAUUAGGCAGAAUAAAAGUCAAUUUUACUCUGCAGUAUGAGGAGCUGUUUCAUUCAAAAUGAAAUACUAUUAAUUAAUAGCAGUAUUAAUUAACAAUUAAUAAAUACUCCACCAAAGAAAUAAAUAUUUCCAUGGAACAAAAACAUAAUAGAUAUUUUAAAGAAUAUGUAUUGUUAAUGGGGAGUGUUUUUGUCAAUCAAUUUUUAUUUAUUUCAUAAUUGUGUUUUAUUCUGUAAUACUUUAUGUGAAGUCACUGUGAACAGAGAAAACUCCGCCUCCUAAUUUGAAAAUAUGAGCAUUAGAUAAAAAGAGCCUGAAAUAUAAGUCCAUGAAAUACAUAAAGUAGCUUUAUAAAAUAAAACCAUCAGAAAAAAGCACUAUGAUUAAUAAGUAAAUUCCAAAGUUCAUAAAUCUUGAAAUAAAUACACACGUAAUAAAAUAAGCUACCUAUUUUACAAAAAUUAAUCGCAAUAUUUAGCUGAUGGAAUAUUUAUUAAUUAUUCAAUAACAGUAUUUAUUUAUUUCAUUUUGAAUGAAACAGCUCUCCAUAAACUUAACAAAUUACAAUCAUUUUUAUUAAAAACGUCAGUGACUGUAGCAUAGUAACGGUCCAAUCAACACUCAGCAUACAUCCCAUAAUGUCAACCAUGACUGACAUCGCUAAGAUCCUCCCCUUGACUCUGCCACCUGCCACCUGUAGUCCAACUGCAGUUUGCUGUCAUGUAAACACUGACAGCAAAUAAAAAGUGUCUCACUCAGAUUCAAACAGACUCAUCUUGGCGUUUAAAUGCCUUCCGGUGUGUUUGUGUUCUUUUUAUAUUCUAUCCAAAUGUUCUGUGAUGCACAUCGUGAGGUUUGGUUAUUAUUAGACUUGAAAAGUCUGAAAUUUACACAACUUGGAGGAGGCAGACCUUAAAGUGUUAGAGGGGGUGUGUGUGGGUGGGGUUGUGUGUGUGUGUGUGUGUUUUAACUUGGGAACACUGAGGAAUUCCCCAGAGGGAGUAAGAGCAGAGAAGAAUGUUCGGGUUUCCCUCCUGAACCGUUUCAGUAUUACAUGGUGAUGCUCAGUUAAUGUAACUGAGUGAAAAUAAUGAACUGAAAUCCAGGAGGAAAACACAUUUUAACACAAGAAAAGAUGCUUUGCACACAGUUUUUCACAUUUGUCACCUUCAGGUUCGUUUCCAUUGCAUUAAACUUGGUUAAAAAAACCAACAACAAAACAUAGCAGGUAUUUAUUUGGCCCAGAAAAAUCCCCUGCUAGUCAUUUUACUCUUACUGGGACUUUGUGGAGGGAGAGUGCCAAACAUUUGAAUAUGACUGAAAUAAUCUAUUCAAGGUGAAUAUUUUUUGUUAACUUUGACUGUAAUUGAUUUUGAACCAAUUUCAUCUGCAAAGAAGGAGUAAAUCAUCCAGUUAAAGUAAAUAUUUUAAAGUUUUAUCUGUGGUCUAUGCUUCUUUGGAACGCACCUCUCAGGGUUUUAUUAUUUAAUAUUUAAAGUUCCUCUCAUUUUGUAGUCAUGGUAAUUCAGUUUCACAGCAUUAACAGUGAAGGUUUACAGCUACAACACCUGCUAUUAAUUCCAUCCUCUUCUAUCCUAAAGACGACUCAAAACUGAGAGAGCUGAGAAGUCUGCGCUGGUGAUUCUCUUUCUAAUUUGUCACGGAUUUGUUGACGGCAGAAUCAUCUUAUUGCUGAGGAUUCCAGCUUUCUCUUUUAUAAACGGAACAUCUCUUCCUCUCAUCCAGUGACUGAACAAGGCUUCAGUCUCCCCUGUUGGUCUGGGAGGAGUUACCUGCUGACAAACUGACUGGCCAGCAGAAAUGAUGGUUCUGAAUAAAAAGCUUCUUAAUGACCUACAUAUUUCAUAGUGUAUUGAGCCAACUUACAGUAGGUAUUUGCUUUUUGCAGAAAACAUUAAAGAACCGGUUUAAUUUUAAUGCUCCAGAUUAACUGUUGUGAAAGUUCAGUCCUAAGAUUCCUCAGAGAUAAAGAGGUUAUAAAAUUAAUUAUUCAAAAAGUAGGUCGGCCUACACUUCUGUUGGAGUCACUUCAAAGAUGCGGCAUGCAAAUUUUCAUUGGUGCAGAUAAAGCGUCUACGUAGCGUAAUAUGAGAGUAUUUGACUGACAUUUGAAUUUCAGGUCUGAUGUUUUCCUGACUUGUGAUCACAAAACUUUGACGUUUAAAAAAAAGUUUAAGCUAUCCUGGAUUAACCAGUCUGAUCAGGCCAAGAUAAAAAAAAAGACUUUCAAAACCAAACUUAACUCUCCCCACCAGAUAUGCUUUAUUAUUAUUAAAUGAAACAAUGAAAAUACAAUUUUCUACUUUCUGGCUUUCACUACCCGCUUAAGCUUAUACAGGUGAUGGUGGCAAAGCAGCUCACCUGAAAGACGGUCGUUUUUUAUGAAAAUAAAACCAUUUACAUGUAAGACAUGAGACAGCACUGGAAGCUGAGGUGAGUACAUUUAGAAAGGCCUUCUAGUAAUAAUGUGGCAGUGUCAACAUUUAAAUUCAAUACAAAGUUUUGGCUACAGAAACAUUUCAAACACUUAACAAAAUUAGAUUUAAGCAACAAUACAGUCGGCAUUCAUUUUGAUUUCAAGGCAACUUGAUGUUACAGAUGAGUAGAGAUGCACCAGUCAUGCUUUUACUGGCCUGUACUGGUUUUCAGCUCCUGAUCUGGGUCACCUCCUGUUUUCUUUGUAACCACUUUAGCAUAUAGUUAUGCAUGUAAAA